CAAGCAACUCUUUUAGUACAGCGUUGGCGGGCAACAGCGACGGUUCGGUAUCGCAGUUAACGAGCAAACAAAUCAAGUAAAAAUCCAAUAAUCAAACAACAAGUAGAAAAACUUGGCGAAGGUGCAACGAAAACGAUGGCCGAAGUAUUUGUGAGUUUAAAUCAAAACUUAUAAAACACUGAAUUUGAAAAAAAUAAUUGAGAAAAGUUACAUACUUUUAUUUACAAAAAAUUAUCUGUCAGCAAAGUGACUUUGUUUGUGAGUGACUUCAUUACUUGUUAUUAUAUAAAGUGUCUGCGUACUUGAAUAAGGCACUGGGUGAAAUAAAAUACAGCACAGAACCAGUUAAAACAACCACGCAAAUUGCAGGAAAGAAUAAUUGCUAAAAGAACAAUCUUGUUGAGGCAUUAGAGGCCUUUCUUAUGAAGAAGCAAAACGUGCUAGUAAAAAUUAGAGCGUGAACUGGACAGUCGCCACUAUCUCUUUCAAAGCACACACACACGAAUCUGCAUACAAACAUUAAAAGCUUAAACUGGUAAUACAUGCGCCAGCGCAUACGGUAGCGCCAAACGUACCACAAACUAAAUAAAUGCAAUGCGCGUGUAGCGUAAAUUAUUAUUAUGAUAAUAAAUUAAACUUGCCAUUAAUUUAGAAGCAAACGAAGAAGCAGUUGAAGCUGUAAAAGAGAUAGAAUCGCAAAAGCAGCAGCGGCGACGGCAGUAAGCAAGCAAGUGAGCAAGCAACAAAGCAGGAAACGCAAACGUAGUGGAAAGAAGUAGUGUAAAGUGUAACGAGUAAAUAAAGACAAACAACAACAACAACAAUAUUAUUGUAAUCAACUUACAACAACAACAACAAUAUUAUUAUAAUCGACUUCCAAUAACAACGAAACGCACAGCGCUUACAAAAACAACGCAGCGCAUGUAGCAUGCACAGUCGAGCGCACUGAAUUGUAAUUGCUAACAUAGUUCAAAAUAAAAUGGAAGUAGCAACAACAAAUACACAUCAUCACAAUCAUCAUCAUCAGCAUCUUGGCCAUCAACUACAUCAUCCAGCGCAUCGUUUGCCAAUGGCCAAAUCAACGCAACACCAACAACAACAGCAACAAAGCAAUCAUUGCCUCACAGUGAGCAAUGACAGCGCGCAGAGUGGCGGCGGCGGCGGCGGCGGUUCACCGCGUUCCCCCUUCCAGCGUGAGGUGCGCGAAUGGCAACGCAUCUAUCCAGAUACGGGCGCUUUGCUGAGCGGCCGUUUAGAGGCCGAUCGUUGGAUUAAUGGGCCGUUGAAUAGUUACGGAAAGAUAUCCGAUUCCCAAAACAUCUCACAGCCGAACGGCACCCAACACACACAGCGCAAACAGCUCGAAGUGCUGCAGAAGCGCACCGCCAAUGGGGCCGUGCAAGUUAUACGCGCACAAACCGUACAAACAUCCUCAUCCCGCUCAUGGUCCUCGUCCAAUUCCAAUUCCGCCUCGACAUCUGCCUCGGCUUCCGCCUCAGCAUCGCCCAUUUGCAUGCAAGCGAAUGUUGUUGGUGCGCGUAGCUUAUUGCAUAAUCACAACAACAGCAAUAGCAUUAGCAACAACAACAACAGCAUUAAUAACAUAAAUAGCAGCAAACAUUUUCAUAGCACAUUGCAACAACAUUUAGCCGAGGCAAACACUCAUUGGCUGCAACUAUCGCCGCCAACAAUUGCCGCCACUGUGGACAUCAGCGAAGUCAGUACGGACGAUGAUCUCGAUAAGGCAGUGCCAACAAUAGCCGAAACCCCCUACAUUGUUGACGAUAGCGAGAUCGAUGUUGGCAAUGGUUGUGGCGAUGACGCCGACAUCAACGCCAGCGCAACGCUAUGCAAUUAUUCAAUUAGUCGCAGUGGCAGCGCCGGCAGUGGUGGUGGCGGCAGCAGCAAAGGUCAUGCUUUGUUGUCAUCGGCAGCGUCGUCAUCAUCAACAUUGCAUUCGCAAUCAUCAGCAUUACUGGUGCCCGAUACGGCGCCAAGCUUGAAAUUGAGUAAUCUUAUGAAAAGCAGCAGCGGCGGCAGCAGCAGCAGCAACAACUCCACAAAGCUGAACACCCACAAGAGUGCUGGCGGUAAGGUGAGCCUACAUGCAAUUGUUGGCAGCGCUGGUGACAACAACAACAACAGCGGCAGCGCUAGUCGAAUCAACAACGACUUAACAGAGUCACCAAAAAGCACAGCAACAACAGCGAAAAGUUCAAAUGAAGCAUUGAGUGGCAUAAAAACGUGGCAGCAGCAGCGUAGCAACGCUCGUCAUUUGGAACAAGCUACUCUAUAUGGCCAAAACAGCAAUUCAUCUAAAAUGCGCGUAGGCGGCGCUGAUUGUGAUGAUUGUUAUGCGGUUGUGUCGGCUGACGCAGAUGAGUCGCAGCUGCGCUACCACCAACACCACCUUCAACCGCAACAGCUACGUAAACAACAACAACAGCAGCAACAAAGCAGUGUUGUGCUAAGUGAAACGACACCACCAACGCGUCGACGUGACUUGGAAAGUUUCCGGCUUUACGGUGACUCCACAACAGCAGCGACGACAGCGGGCGCGGCAGCGGAUGACAACGCCAAAGCCGAUGAUUUACGUCUAUCCACGCGUCAAUUACGUCGACAACAACAACCAUUUGGUCAACUGUCCAGCAGCGCCUUACUCCAACGUUCCCAUUCAAUUUCGACGGACGAUCUCAGUAACGAGUGGGAGUCGAACGAGGCGGUUGCUGAGUCCAACGAGUGGCGACGCGUCAGCAAAUUGCGACGCUCCUUUCAAUCAUCCUCUACGGCGAACAAUAGUAAUACCAGCGAUCCCGCAGUGCAACAACCACCGAGCUCUAUACGCCGUCCAUACGAUCUGCCCGCCAGUGCUGUGAGCGUGUCACGCAUACGCGCCGAACUCGAAAGCGGUCGACGUCUUACCACAGCUAUGCGUAAUAAUCAUGUGGAUUUAGCUGCACUAGAGAGUAUACUACACGGUCCGGACAAAACUACGGGCGCCAGUAGCCGUAAUACAUUGCUUACCGCCGAGUCAUUGAAAGAAAUACGUGGCCGUCUCAAGAAAUUAUCGGAUGAGUCAUUGUAUAAGGACGAUUUUAUAGCAUAUCAACAACCGCCGUCAGCAGACGAGCACAUUGAAGUGCAGCAGAGCGUGCGUCGUAAGCUGUCCACACCACGUUUGCAACAAUUGACACCGGAAGAGUCGCCCGAGAUCUCAACGGCAACACAGCAUACAUCUGCUUUCAAAGUUGUGGGCGCACAACGCAAGCCAACAGACAACGACAGCUUAACGCAACGCUCAACGCAUUUAAACCAAAAACACACCUCAAACAGCUUGGAAUCACGUCAGAAGCAAAGAGAUACCAAUUCAACCGAGUGGCACUCGCGUCGCAAAUCAUAUGGUUUCGAGAAGAUGUCACCGCCGGACAACAAAACUAUGCACCGCAUGGACGCAUCCACCGAUAGCGGACUCGGACGUUCCGGCGAACUGGGCAAUUGGUCACCCACGGAAGCAGCACCACCGCGCGCCACAGUCAUACAUUUCGGCGAGCCCGCAAAAGCAGUCACUUCGGCACACUACCGCGCCGCUAAAUCCCCAUUGCGCCGCACACCUGACGAGGACUUGCUCAAGCGACACUCGAUCGCUGUCGAUGAGAGUCAAUAUGUGCGCGAUAAUUUGCGUAAAACCUCACAGGUGCAUUUGAAUGGUUUCUAUGAGCCGGCCGAGCCCGCUGCCAAAUCUACAGUGCAGUUGAGUCGUUAUGACAGCAAUGCGGAGAGUAAUCAACUCUUCCAACGCAACACACAAAAUGCACAGAAACGUGUUGAGUUCUGCAAAACCGAGGUACAUUUCGCCGCCGAAUCGGGACGUGUCAAUAUCGUUGAAACCGAUGGUAAACCGCCACCGACAAAUAAUUUCCGACGACGCCGUCGCACCACAAGUGGACCGCUACAGAGUCUUACCAAAACCGCAAGCACAGCGGGCACAAGCACAGCCGUGAGCACAACAACCGCUAGUAAUGUUACACAUUUCGGUGAUGAUCAACAUCAGCAGCAACGUCAUCGUACCAUCGCCAGUUCGGUGGUCGCAUAUAAAGCUACAUUAGUGGAACCACCAACUGUGCUCAAUGACGCACAAAUAAUGCCGGCCACAACUAACGUAACGGUAUCCGUACAACAUGCAGAGGGUUCACGUGGCAGCUACGCGUCAACAACCAGCGGUGUCGAUACGACUGACAAUGAGAAUGACGAAAUCGCCGCUAUACGCGGCAUACUCAAGAAUAAACCGGUAAAGCCGAAACCUUAUCAUUUGGGUGAGAACAUCGAUAGCGCCGAUGCUUUGUGGGGUGUGCAGUUGAAGCCUGUGGCUGGUGGCGGCAGCAGCGCAGCGCGUGAGAAAGAAGACUCACCCACUGCUGUGUUGAAUAAAUCCGUUGCAGAACGCGUGCGCAUUGUGGAGAAACGUCAUGAGCAUAGCGCUCCAAAUGGUUACUCUACAAAAAUCAACUUGAGUCUGGACGAACCAGCUGCAGCAGCGCGUGAUUGGCCUAACGCAGGUGCGCCUAUGCUAAUGCCAAACACUGACAAUCAACCCAUACCCAACAACACAAAUCGCCGUGCGAGCGCACAAGAGCUCAUAUUACAAGAUCUACGCGAACAUCAGCGUAUGCUCGACGAGGGACUCAAGUCUACAUCGCUCAUCAUCAAAACAAUGCGUUCGGCAAAUGAGUUUGAUGAGGCUAUGCGGCGUCUAAGUAUAGCUUCACUGGAAUCGAGUACGAUGCCACCAAUUGUGGUGCCCACACCAAUGUUGCGUUCGAAUAGCUACCAGGAGACCGUACGUCGUUACUCCAACGCCUCCUUGGAGAGCACCGAACGCGAACUUACCACACAGACUGUAGUUCAUACGAGUAGCAGUGCUGCAGCGUUAACAGCGGCCACAAGUAGUCGCAGAUUGUCGUUUGAAACACAAAGCGCUUUCGUAACACCGUUAAGCCUACCACCAGCACCGCUAGUGGCACCACGUCUAAAGCUGCUCGGCAGCACUGAGGUAGCAGUGAGUCAGCAGCUUUCACAGUUGCGACGCAUGUACGAUAUUGCAGCGACACAGCAAGAAAAUGACGAAGAUGCCGCCGACAGUGCCGAUGAAGAGGUAAAAAGCUACUUUUGCGCACACGAACAAGCGGAACAAAGCGAUAGUGGUGGCGGCACGUUGGAGAGCUCUUCGCAGGAAGAUGAGCGCGCCAUUGAAUACUCCAGCGGCAGUUGGAGUCGCAUGAAGGCGAAGCGCACAAUUUGGAAGAUUGAAGCGGAAGAACGUAAAGCGGCGCCGGCCGUAUUGGACAAAGCAGAUCUACCUAAAUCGAACAUUAUGAGCAUAGAACUACAUUCACCGCAAACUUCGUUGGAGAAACGUGAUUCCAUCAAACGUAACCAAACGCCGCCCGUGGCCAAACCGAGAACUGUGACUGGUGCAGUCAACGCCACUCAGCAUCCACAGAUACAUGUGGCCACCACAGUCAAGCAAACAGCUGAUCGUUUUUCAGCAGCCGAACAGCAACGGCAGUCACUGAAAAUUGUCAAAGAAGCGCGUGGUGCACGUAAACUGCGUGAACACGAACUCUCAUACUUUGGCGUACCACACGGACAGAAACACGAAGAGAACGAAACAAAACCGAAGCAACAGCCGAAUAGCAACGCUAAUACGUUGAGUUUAUCGAAGCGUUCGCUACCGUCACGUCAACGUUUAACUGUUAUUGGUAACGAGGAUACGAAAUCGAUGCGUCGACAUGAAGCAAAUAAUACAGAAACAACAACCGUAAGCGGACAAACACAAACGGCCACUAAAUGGCAAUUGUUAAAUGACAAACCCGAUCUACUACGACACAGUCCGAUUGCUGUGGAACCACAAUUGAUACGACGUACAGCAGAUGUGCAGCGCAGUGAACGUAAUAGCACAUCCGUGGAACGUAACAAACGUAUGCCCUCAACAGAGUUGAGGUUAGAUGAUGAGCUCAAUGAUGCUGUUGAAGAUGAUGAUGACGACAACGAGCAUUUUUAUGAAAAUAUAACAAAUGAAAUUACGCCUGUCUUCAAAGUGAAGUCACCGCAACCGUAUGAUCGUAAAAUGGAUAUGGAACGCGACGCAUUCAUAUUGAACGAGAUGAAUGAGAAUGCCGAUCUGACUAUGAAGGCGCUCUCCGAUGAGGCCGCCCAUAAAGAUCGGCGACGACGACGUUCAUCGCUCCAUAGACGCGACUCCAAACCACUAGAAACGAUCGAAGAGAAAUUGGUCACCCAAAAACCCAACGACACAUGCAUUGCGGUGAAAAUGUCACGUGGCACGCUAGCCUCCGAAGCCAAACGCCACGCACGUCACACAACCACUUCACCCAGCCCACACGAUACAACCACACGAGUGCGUACUUCAUCACAAUCGUCAGUAGAAAGUUGUCCGCGUGCACGUUCGCGUUCACUCUCCAGCGAACGUGAGUACGAAAACAUACGUACACCGAAACCGACGCGCACCAACGCAACAGCCACAACGAAAAUACAAGCCAAAAGCGUUAGCAAACAACAGCAGCGCUCCAGUUCACGUGAAUCACAGCGUUCAGCGCGUUUGCCAUAUUCAUCGGGCGAUGAGGUAAACCCACGCGAGGAACAACGUGUACGCAUGAAGAGUAAACGUAGCUCGAACUCUACGAGUGGCACAACGGGUCGUAGUGGUGAACGACAACGUAGCAGCGGUAGCAGUAAGAAGGAUAGCCAUCACGACAAACAUGGACAUCACACGACAACAACAAGCAGUCGAGAUGUUGAGCAGCGACGGCGCGCGGCCAGCAGCACUACGCAUGCCUCUCAGCGAGAGGAACGCGGUGAGUGCGUGACUGUGCCGCAACAACAGCGCACCGCAAGUAGUGGACGCAGCAGUAGCAGCAACAAGCGACGUGAAGAACCUGCCACCAACGCUGGCAGUAGCGGACGUCACUCCAGCUCACGCAAUGCCACGGAGAAGGCACGCACUAGCGCUGGUGUGCGUCUAUUGCGUUCGCUACGCGUCGGACGUACGGAUGAUGCCAAAGCGUCCAGCACGGAGCAACGUGCGUCCGGACAUCAUCGUUCCACCAGCGAGCGCGAGAAGGCACAUGAGAAAGAGCGCGAAAAGGAGUUGCAAUCCAAAUCGCGAGGUCACUCAACCAGCAAAACCCAGCACCACAGCAGUAGUGAGCACCACCAACAUUCACUAACCGCACAUAGCGGUACAAUGUCCAGUAAAACACGCGAACACAAGAAAGCAACCUCAAACGCCAUUGAGAAGCCGCACGAACGAGCCACCACACCAACACACAGUAAAAGCUCGCAAAACAUAAAUGGACGACAUAAUACUACUGGACAACAUGAUGGCCACCGCAAACAUAACGAUCAUAAACGAGCACACACACGACCACAACAAGAAGAGAGCAGAACAACGAAGACGACGACGACGCAGCGAAAGCGUAGUGAACAUAGCGCAAGGGAGCGCACAUAAAACGUAACGUAAACUAUGGAGUAGUGCACGAAAAGCAUAGCAUGCUUACAGGCUUGCCCUACUUUGUAAUAAAUAUUUAUAAAAUUUAUUUAAGUUUAUAAUAAAUUUGCUAGAAUAUUAGUAAAGAGAGAGCACAAUGUGACUCCAACAAAGUGGCAGCGCUAAUUUGAAAUUGUAUUGCAUUUUGUAAGUAUUGCUUUGUAGAGUGGGCUUUGGCGCCUAAAACUAAGUUUUCGAAUUUUUGAAAGUUUUUAAAAUUUGACUAUAUAAUGAAAAUAUUGUGACAGUUUGUGAAUGGCAUGACACUUAACUAAUUUCAGCAUUAACUAAGCACACUAAGACUUAAUUCAUUUGCUGCUUUAGCAAAUAGUUCCUCUUGUCUGCCACACUUUAAAAUGUUUAAAAAUUUAAAUUUAAUCAUAUUUAAAGACAAAGAAAAAUGCAUAAAUAUGCGCCCAUCAAGGAUUACUAAAUUGAAUCAUACACACACACAUUCUAACAUUCUAACCUAACUACUAACUGUUGUUAGUGUGUAAGGGCGGCGAAACGAGUAUUAAAAUUGUUGACUUUUUAAAUUAAAAAUUAUUUACUAACUACUACUAAACCAUUUUAAUUUU